AUGCUCGGCCUCAAGACCCUACCUACACUCCUCGUCGCGGCCCUGUCCGCCCUGUCCUCCGUCGCCGCCGGGCCCAUCGAGAACCGCCAGUCGUGCCAAUACACCUGCGGCAGCGUCUGCUACUGGGCCGAAGACAUCCAGGAGGCCGUCGCCCAGGGCUACGGCUACUACCAGGACAACCAGCAAGUCGGCAGCAACGACUACCCUCACUCCUACAACAACUACGAGGGCCUCCCACUGCUCGUCAGCGGGCCGUACCAGGAGUUCCCCAUCCUCAAGACCUACAAGCCCUACACCGGCGGCAGCCCCGGCCCGGACCGCGUCGUCUUCAACACAAAGGGCCAGUUUGCGGCUGUCGUCACCCACACCGGCGCCAGUGGCAACGACUUUGUGUCUUGCAAGUAG